AUGUCAAUAGUUCAUGUACCUAAUACGAGGGAUUACUGGGGAGAAGUUACUGGUACUCAUCUGAUCAAGACAACAAUGACAGUGAAUCAGUAUGAGCAAAUACGUAAGUUUCUUCACUUCAAUGACAACAGUGCAAUGAUACCCAGGGGUGAAGAAAGUCAUGAUAGACUCUUCAAGAUAAGACCCAUAAUAGAAUUGAUGAGAUCUCGGUUUCAAACAAUACCUGUUGAGGAGUGUGUUUCUGUUGAUGAACAGAUAUGUUCAACAAAGGCUAGAAGUUAUUUGAAACAAUACAUGCCAAACAAGCCUCAUAAAUAUGGAUACAAAUUAUUUGUUAUUAGUGGCAUAUCUGGUUAUGCCUACGAUUUUGAGAUUUUCACUGGAGAUGAAAAUGAACCAGAAAAAAGAGUGACUGGGGAGGAAGACUUGGGAGCAAGUGCAAAUGUUGUAGUUCGACUCAGUAGGAUACUACCAAGAAAUAUGAACCACAAACUGUACUGUGACAAUUAUUACACAAGUCUGCCACUGCUUGUAUGGUUACAUAAACAAGGAAUUUACUCACUUGGGACAGUCAGAAGAAACAGAGUGCCAGACUGCAAGCUCCCUUCAGAAGCUGAGCUGAAGAAAAUGGCACGAGGUGCAUCAGUAGAGCGCGUCGCAACAGUGGAUGGUGUCGACAUAUCAAAUGUAGUGUGGAAAGAUAACAAGAGUGUGAUGUUGCUUUCUACACUUGCUGGACAGCAGCCUAUUCAUGAAGCAGGGAGUGUGGGCUGCUCCACACCACCACCACCACCACCACCACCUCCUCCUCCUGCUGACACAACGCGCUUGGUCCUGACAUCUGAAGGAAAUGGACCUCCGAAAAUGAGUGUUGCACCAGGGAAAUGA